AUGGUUUCUGGAGAUAGUAAUGAUAUAAGAUUAGACAUAGGAAAAGCGAAACGGGAGCAAUCAUUGAAAGAACUUAAAGAUCACAUACACAAGUACUACAUUCCACUCGGAAGGCAGUUCAUGGUUCUGUUUCCUGAAGGAGGGUUCUUACAUAAAAGAAGAGAAGUCAGUCAAAGGUUUGCUGAAAAAAAUAAUCUACCGAAGUUAGAAUACGUAUCACUACCUCGCGCUGGUGCCAUGAAAAUUAUUAUGGAAGAAGUCGGUCCUCACACUGGCCAAACAAGCACAUCCAAACAAGUUAACAAAAAAGAUGACUUCAACCAAAACAACACCAAAAUAAUCGAUACAAACAGCGGGGACAGUAUCGAAUGGAUUCUAGAUGUCACUAUCGCGUAUCCCGAUCGCAUCCCACUACAUUUGCAAGACAUAGUGUGUGGUACGAGGGAGCCGUGCACUACACAUCUCCACUACAGACUAUAUGCCAGCAACGAGGUACCCACCGACGACGAAGGUAUAACUCAAUGGUUAUACGAUAGAUUCAUAGAGAAAGAUAAAAUGUUAGAAGAGUUCUACAGAACCGAUCGUAAGUGUAUUGUGAUUGUUGUGGGUUCGAUGCCCAUGCGUCUUUGGAGAGCAUUGAAGCCAUGCUCUCUGUCCCGCAAAGGGAUGGCG